GGCGCGGUCGGAGGCGGGGCGCCGAGUGUGGGCGCGAGGAACGGAAGCUGGUCAUCCGGGAGGUGUCCUAGCUGUCUCCGCGUUCCUCGGGGACUCUGCCUUGGUACGAACGAGACCUGCGCCUGGCUUACCGCGCGGCGUCUGGGUGGUUGUGACCUUGGACCUCCGUGAGCCAAAAACAAGUCAGAGCUACCCAGUGCUGCCUAUGCCAUGGACUCUGAGGGUGAAAAAGCUGAGACACAGAAGGUCAGCAAUGGUUCAGGCCUCAGGGAUGAGCACAUCACAAACCUGCUGGUGCUUGACUUCCUCCAAAGCUUCUCUGACUGUAAGUUCCACCAAGAGCUGAGGACUCUGGGCCAGGAACUGCCUUUUCAAACUUGCCUGGAGGUGGAACGUGAGGAUGAACUACAGACUGAUGGCAACCGGGCCAGUAUCUUCAUGGAAAGAAUAGAGGCAGACUCUGAAAGUCAAGAAGAAGUUAUCCAGAAUAUUGCCAGGCAUCUUGCCCAAGUCGGGGAUGAGAUGGACCGCAGCAUCCAGCCAGGACUGGUGAAUGACCUGGUGGCGCAUUUUAUGAAUGUUCGCCUGUCGGAGGAAGACAGAAGGAACUGCCUGGCCACCGCCCUGAAAGCAGCAAUGCAGACUUACCCUAAAGACAUGGAGAAUGAGAAGGCCACGCUGAUUAUGACCAUGCUGUUGGCCAAAAAGGUGGCCGAUCACACACCAUCCUUACUCCGUGAUGUGUUUCAUGCAACAGUGAACUUUAUUAACCAGAACCUAUUCACCUACGUGAGGGACUUAGUCAGAAAUGAGAUGGACUGAAUGGAUGACUGCAGAAGCCCAACAGGCUAUAUUUGAUGUGAUGACAGCAGUGUAGCUGCCUCCAAAGAAGAGCUAUGGCCACAUAUACAGACGUCUUAGAAAGGAGAGGCCCUGGACAAGAGCUCUUUCUCCUUGUUUUCAGGGUGAUAUUUUCAGCUGGUGACCCAUUUAGAAAUUUCUACAUUGAUGUAUUUUGAACAAAAAAGUCAACUUGCACACA